AUGGCCAAAAUAUUGGAUCUUCCGUGGCACGUCUUUGAGGUCAUCUACAAGUAUGUCAUCAAGGAAGGCGACAGCUAUUUAUGGUUAAUGCUUAGCGGCCAAGCGGAAGAGAGUCCUCCCGGCGCAAGGACCAAGACAGCAAAGUUGAGACUGGUCUGUCGCCAAUGGGCCGAUUGGUUAUACGUACAUUACCUAUAUCGUACGAUUACCUUUGGAAGUGCUUCACGAACGAUGCGUUUCAUUAUCAACCAAAUCACCAGACGUUCAAAACACCUUCCACGUGCUACAUGCCACAACCUACAGGUCACUGACAUUCUGAAUUGGGGUCCUCCACCUCGUGAGGAAGAAGCUCUUGGAGCAUGGACCGAUGAUACAAUCACUUUCGAAAUCUUGGAAGCUCUGAUCGAGCUCUUCUCCGAUACGAUUGUCCACCUCAACUUGCGGUUCUGGAAUGUCAUGUCCCUUCCUGCGCGAACGAUCGAGACGAUAGGGCGGAUUGAAAAUCUGCGCACCUUGACACUCAGUCACGAGUUACCAGACAUCGUUCUCACUCCCCGAGAUCCACUUUUUCCGCUUUACCACGACAGUGACGACGAUGAUAUCGAAGAAGAUAUACGCCAGUAUAAUGCGCGUCUUGAGGAGGGCGAAACGAUGGACGAUGAAGCUGAACCUCGAGGCGACAUGGAUCCAGUCAAAUCCAAAAUCGAUUCUGAUUGCUUGAAGUCGUUGCUCCUAGCCACUCGAAAGUUGCAGUUACUCGAUAUAUCCGACCUGGAUCCUAUUUGCCUACCAAAGCCAAUCAAAUCCAGUCUCUGCGGCCAUCAAAUACUGCCUACGGUUACUCAGCUAGAAGCUAGCUUAGACGGGCAGAGUCUAUCCAGACUCAUAGAUCUUUCUAUUGUCCUUAAAGGUACCUUGAAAGUACUUUCACUGAAGAAUAGCUACGAUGGUAAUUACGGGCGAAAUCUUGUACCUGUUUUCGAAAACCUUCACGAAUCGCUCGAAGGCCUUUUCGUGACAGACGACAAACUCCUGGAACCAGUUAUGCAUUUCAAGUUCCCGAAAUUGCGUGUCUUCAAAACUGUCUUCUGGGAUGGUCCUCUCGCCAAUCUUCUGGAGAAGCCUAUGAUUGCACAAUCCCCUAUCGAGGUUCUUGCCCUUCGAUCAGAUUCCGUCAAUGACAAACCAAAAGGGAAAUCACACGUCAAGCCAUUUUCAAACCUUCCCAUGUUGAAGCGACUAGUGUUUUGCGACGUUUCUCCUGGUUAUUCAGCGCCACCCGCAUACACAAAGGCUUGUCAUGCCCGUCGGGUGAAAUGUGUUUAUCUGGGCGCUGGAGACAGUCAAGAUUUGUCUUUGAUCAUGAAGUUGUAA